GAUUUUUCUGGUGGGUGUCUUCGGUUUCAACAUUUUUUUCUUCAACCAACAUUUUAAUAGCAAAACACUUGGAAACUAGUAAGUUGAUUUGACAGUGUCGAAAUCAAUUCACACACCCUUUAAAUAUCAAAUCACUCAAAAAAAUUAUUCAAUUCCCAAUCUUCUCUUAUUGAAAAAUUUUCAGUCUUUUGGCUUUAAACGGAACAGUUAAAAACCCAAACCAAAAAAUAUGUGAGACUGGUUACCAUUUGGGUAAUUCCAAACUUUGUGAUGUGUAAAUAGUUUUACGAGGUUAUACAGAAAAGGCUCGAGGUAUUGAGAAUCUUAAUUGACAAUUCGACCCAUUUAUUAUGGGCCGAAUAUUUAGUUUUACGUGGGCCUUUCUCGGGUUUUCCUUCGUAUUUCCAUCAAGAGCUUGGUACGGAGGUCGAGGACAUUGUUUUUGACGAGUUGCAGAAAUAAAAAACCUUGUUUUUGAAGGAUUCAAGAAGUACAUGUUCCACAACCACAAUCCCAUUCCAAAGAUAAAGAAAAAAAUUCCUCCUUCUGCGUUCUUUUAUUUAAAGGUCGCUGGCUUUUAGACUUCAUAACGGGUAAGAAAAAGCUCAGCGAUUGAACGCUGAAAUAGCUGAAGAACCCAACUUCCAUUUUUUGUUUGUGGGGUGUCUUGGAAGUUGGAACUGAAGCAGACUUCGAGCCCAGCAACUGUAAUUUAAUCUUUUUUCUAGAGAAAAGACAAGGACACUAUGGCUGCGGAACUUGUUGCAGGAGCUUUUCUCUCUGUUUCCCUUCGUAUGUUGGUUGAAAAAUUGGCUUCUCAGGAGGUUGUUGAUUUCAUUCGUGGAAAGAAAUUAAAUGAAGGGCUGCUCAAUAAGUUGAAGAUUAUGCUGUUGUCAGCUAAUGGAGUGCUCAAUGAUGCCGAGGAGAAGCAGAUCAAGAAUAGAGCUGUGAGGCAGUGGCUUAAUGAACUCAAGGAUGCAAUCUAUGAUGCAGAGGAUUUGGUGUAUGAGAUCGAAACCGAAGCUUUGCGGUGCAAGAUUGAAGGUGAAUCUAGAACUCAGGUACUCAGUUUCCUCUCAACUGCAUACGCUGAACAGAGGAUACAGGAGAUCCUUGAUAGAUUGGUAUUUAUUUUGCGACAAAAAAAUUUUCUUGGCCUCAAAGAAAGUGUACCGGAUUUUUUACGGAGAUUGCCUACAACUUUUUUGGUAGAAGAAUGCAGUGUUUAUGGUAGGGAUGCUGACAAAAGAGUCAUUGUUAACUUGUUGCUAACAGAUGAUAAUAGUGACAAUAAGUUAUCUGUAAUUCCUAUAGUGGGCAUGGGCGGGAUUGGCAAGACGAUGCUUGCUCAACUCAUUUACAACGAUGACAGGGUGAAGAAACAUUUUGACAUUAAAGCGUGGGUUUUUGUAUCAGAUGAAUUCGAUAUUCUUAGGAUAACACAAACAAUUUUGGAGUCUGUCACUUCUCAAAAAUGUUAUUGCAAGGACCUUAAUCAUCUUCAAGUUAAAUUGAAGGAUUUAUUGUUGGAGAAGAAAUUUCUGUUUGUUUUAGAUGAUGUUUGGAAUGAGGAUUACAUUUAUUGGUGUACUUUGAAGACCUCUUUUGGAUCUGGAGCAUGUGGGAGUAAAAUUAUUGUGACAACACGUAAUGAAAGAAUCGCAAGGAUGAUGGGAACUGUUCCAAAUUAUUAUCUACAGCUAAUGACGGAAGAAGAUUGCUGGUCUCUAUUUGUAAGACACGCCUUUGAUAGUGUAGAUCCAAUUGCAUAUCCAGACUUGGAAGAGAUCGGUAGACAAAUUGUCAGAAAAUGUAAAGGUCUUCCUUUGGCAGUCAAAUGUCUUGGUGGUCUUUUGCGUUCUGAAUUAAAUCCACGAGAAUGGGAAAAUGUACUAAUGAGUGAUGUAUGGGAGUUGUCUGAGAAAGAAUGCAACAUUCUUCCAGCUUUAUGGUUGAGCUAUUUUUAUCUACCUUCACAUCUUAAAAGAUGUUUUGCCUACUGCUCAAUUUUUCCAAAAGGUUAUCAAUUUGAAAAGGAAAAUUUAACUUUACUUUGGAUGUCAGAAAAUCUUUUGGAGCCCCAUCAAAGGAAGAGCGCAGAAGAAGUUGGAGAUGAGUACUUCAAUUAUCUGCUUUCAAGGUCAUUGUUUCAACGCCAUGAAACAUGGGGUUUUACCAUGCAUGACCUUGUGAAUGAUUUGGCAAAGUUUGUAUCUGGAGACUUUGUUUUGAGGUUGGAUGACAGUUACUCACUUGAUGUUGCCAAAAAAGCUCGUUAUUUGUCAUAUAUGAGAAGAAAUAUCCCUAAUAUGAAGAACUUGGACGCAUUAUUUGAAAAUAAAUAUCUGCGCACGUUCCUACCAUUAGGAUGUUGUUCUUCAUUGAAUUCACAGCAAGAAUUAUCCUUCAGAUGUCUCGAAGUAUCAAAAACAAUGCAAUACUUAAGAGCGCUCUCUCUAUCUGAAUAUUCUAUCACCAAGUUGCCUAAUUCAUUUGGCAACUUAAGGCUUCUAAGAUACUUGGACUUGUCUUCAACCGAUGUUAGAGAGAUACCUUAUAGUGUCUGUACUUUAUACAAUUUGCAGACGUUACUAUUGAAAUCAUGCCAAAAUCUUUCUGGGUUGCCUCAUUCAAUUGGGAAGUUGAAGCAUCUAAGGUAUUUGGACUUAUCUUAUACGAAAAUUAAAGAGAUACCAGACACAGUGUGUAAUUUUCACAAUUUGUACACAUUGUUGUUGUCUUCUUGUACAAUGCUUACUCGACUACCGACGAAUCUGGCUUGUCUAAGCAACUUGCGGCAUAUCCACAUUGAGCGCACAUGUUUGAAAGAGAUGCCACUGCACAUGUCUAGAAUGAAAUGUUUGCGAACUUUAAGUGAUUUUGUUGUGAGCAAAGAUAGUGGAUGUAAUAUAAAAGAAUUAAAAGAAUUCCAGAGUUUGCAUGGAAGUCUUUUUAUUUCAAGGCUUCAAAAUAUUGUAGAUGUUGAAGACAUUUUGAAGGCCAAUUUGAAGGAUAAAAGUUGCCUUGAUCAAUUGAGUUUGGGUUGGGAUGGUAAUGCUGAUGAUUCACAAAAAGAAAGAGAGGUGCUCAAUGGACUUCAACCUCACACAAAUCUGAAGAAACUAUGUAUUAGAAAUUAUGGUGGUACAAGGUUCCCAAAUUGGGUUGGACAUCAUUCAUUUUGUGGUAUGGUAGAAGUGGUGCUUAGUAAUUGUAGAAAUUGUUAUUUGUUGCCAACCCUCGGACAACUACCCUCCCUUGAAAGGCUUGAUGUUGGAGGAUUUGAUAUGCUGGAGACAAUAGGUGAAGAAUUCUAUUCUGAUGGUGGUUCUUGUUCUGUCGCUAAACCAUUCAAGUCUUUAAAAUAUUUAGGUUUUUCAAAAAUGCCACAGUGGAAGAAGUGGUCAGUGGUUGGUGGUGAUGGAGAAGAUAAAGUUUUCUCAUGCCUUAAGAAGCUUAAUUUAUUUCAAUGUCCUAAGCUAGAUGGGGCCUAUUUCCCUCAUUAUCUUCCAGCAUUGACAAGCCUCCGCAUAUCGGGAUGCGACCAGCUAGUGACUUCAUUCCCAAGGCUUAAAUCUCCAGUGCUUCAUUUAUUAAUGAUAUUCAACUGCCAAGAGUUGUGGUCAUUUCCAAGAGGGGACUUGCCCUCGAAUAUACGUUCAAUUGAAAUACAUGGAUGCAAAAAGCUGGAAUCAUUUUCAGGGGAGGGAUGGCCUUCGAAUUUAAAAUCACUUUUAAUUUCUGAUUGUGGAAAACUCUUUGCGCCUGACAUGAAGUGGAAUUUGCAAGCACUUACCUCUCUUACAUCCUUACGAAUCAUAUCCAUAGAAGAAUCGCUGGUUUCAUUCCCUGAGGAAGGGCUCUUUCCCACCACUCUUACUCACCUUGAGCUGAACAAUCUUCAAAACCUUAAAUCUCUUAAUGACAAGGCCUUUCAACAUCUUAUUUCCCUUAAAGAAUUAAGAAUUUCAUUCUGUAAUAAGCUCUGGUGCAUUCCAGAAGGACUGCCUGCUUCUCUUUGUUUAUUGGUUGUCUAUGAAUGUGAUUUAUUAAAACAACGAUGUCAAAGAGGGAUAGGGGAAGACUGGCUAAAGAUUGCUCACAUUCCUUGCAUACAGAUAGAUCAAGAAUCCUUAUGAUGAGUAUUGCAGUUCUCUAAAAUAUUUCUGGCACUUCUCCUCCAGCCUUUCAGGUAAUGCUUUUUAUUUUUCAUUUUCCAAAGUCAUUCUAAAAAUGCAAUGUUCUUUCUCCAUUCUGCUUUUCAUUUUGAAGCAUAUACACCGUAUAUCUCUUUGUGAUUACAAGAUAGGUUGAUUAUACCAUCUUCAAGUGCAUUCACCCUCCGCAUUCUUCGUCUUUGGAUAUUUGCUUGUUAUUAUUAAUAGGCCCUGCUUCAUCGAUGAAAGCUUCAUAUACUUUUUAGUUUGAUGUUACAUCAGUAUACCAGGACAAAACAUUGGCUAAAUGGAUUUAAUUUGCAUGAGAGGGCUUGGGGAAAAUCGAGUUUUCUAAGGUGGGUUUUGCUUUUUUGGAUUUAAUUUGCAUGAGAGGCCUUCAGUAAAAUCAAGGUGUCAAAGGAGGACUUGGGUUCGGCAGUACCUCAUCAUCAUCUGACUCAGAGUCACUUCCCUCAGCUCUGUAAUUCUGGGUUCUUUAACCUGUUUUGAAGACCUGUUAGAAAUACUCCCAGUGAUCAGGCAAGUGGCUGGGGCUGAUGCUUCUAUUCUAACAGCAAUCUUGCAUCCAUGGAGGUCCCUUAUUGAACAGGGUUUUAUGGUCGGUCUGCAACACCUGGAUGCCAAAUGCAUCCUUGGGGUGAUCUCUAAGUUCCUAAGGUUAGAGAUGAUGGGAUCAGUCCAUGGAUUCUCUGUUCCUUUGGAUAUAAGUGAUUGGUGUCUGACCUAUCUGGAAAGGCUUUUAGGGUAAUGCUAAGUACAUUUAUUUGGUAUCCCUAGUAUUAUUCAAGGCUUUUGAUAUCCUCAAUUUGUUACAUUGGUUUAUGAAAAGUGAUAUUUCAUAUUGCGUUGGUUAUGUGAAAGAUCUAGAGUAUGGUGGCAUGAGUUGUCAAGAAUUCGCAACAGCGGGUGGUUAUAGCUUAUAUGACAACUACCCUGCAGUGUUGUGCCAAAUGUUCUCUAUCUGGGCACAGCAUCUCAUGAAAUCAUUUACUGCGUCAGACUUCAUCUGCAACUCACAAAAACUUGAAAGCAGAAAGCGAUUUUGUUUUUUCAUUCUGCUAUAUGUGUGAAGCAUGUACUCUUUAUAUCUUCAGUAUAAAUGUUAGUGUCUGAUCCCACCUAUCUGAAAAGGUGUCUGAUGUCCUUGCUCAUUUUUUUCCCCCUUCAAAUUUCAGAUUUUUUUUUCUUGAUUGAUGAUAAUAUGGUGCCAUCAGUCAUCAAGAAUACACAACAAUGGGUUAUACAACAUCCAUAUCACUGCAGGAUUUUGCUGUUAAGUUCUUUAGCCGGGCAAUUCUGGUGAAAUCAUAUACUGCCGGGCAACAUCUAGUGAAAUCGUUUACUCUGUCAGGCUUCAUUUAUGACUCAUUGAAUAUUGAAAGGUAAAGGCAAUUUUGUCUGGAUUUCUUCUCAAGAGAAAUGAUUUGCAUCAUAAUAUCACUGCUUUUGUUCUCUCAUAUGCAUGCUUCUCUUGGUUCCCUGUGCAUGCUGGCUUGCUUAUAUGGUAUUGAAGGCGAGUCUAUUGAAUUAUGAUGCAGUUGAGCUAUUGAUUUCAGUACCCCCUUCAAUCCUCCGAUUGUUUAUAUCCGCGAGGCAGCAUAAUCUUGGUGGUUCAGGGAAAGAAAUUCCCCAAGCUUGAAGCUUCAACUAACUUAGGCUGGCUAACCUUGGGCUUGCUUUCCUCCUUCUUCAGAGUCAGUCGACAUGCAGGGGAAGUUCUUGUUUACAAUCAAAACCAGUAGUAUUUCCUCUGUGUAAAACAUGAUUUACUUUUGCAACCAGUUCUAUGUAUGCAUACAAGCUAUAGUCUGGUCUAUUUCUAUUAUUUAAUGUUCAAGUUUAGCUUUAA